GAGCGUACAGUAGCCUCCUUACGGGAAAGAGGAUCAGUGCAGAGCUUUAUGAACGAACACGACGCGGCGCCUCGUUCACGGAACAGAACCUGCUAGAAGUGGCGCCUAGAAUCUUUUGAACGUUUCCUUUUGAAUACGCCGCUGUUCGCACACCGUGUGUGUGACAGUCUCCGCCUGCCAUCAGUGAAUCUGCCGCAGCUCGCACAAGGACUGAUGGCAGUUACGUUACGGUACAGUGCACGUAACUGGAGCAAGGACAUGCGUUGCCGAGCCAAUCAUCGACUCGCAUCGCGCCCAGCUUCGGUCCUACGUUUUUUUUCGCCCGUCGAUUGUCGGUCCUGGUAAUACAGAACGCGUCUAGUCUAGAGAGCCCGCCUUUUCCCCGUACUGUACCGUAGUCCGCUUCCGAAGCGGCUGGGUAGUGUAGCACUGCCGCAGUGGCUUCCCCAAGGCAACCCUACACCCGCUACCUGUGGUACAGUGUAGGUCCAAUGGACCAACAUCACGCAGGUGAGGUUAGCCUAACCUGAGGUUAGGUUCAACGUCACGCCACGUGAUGCGGCACGGAGUGCAGCAUGAACGUGGCCCAGGGGGUUGCUUGCACUGAGUGUAAGUCUACCCUUCUACUGUACUGGAGUGCUGAAGUUGACUCGCGAGUGACACACCAUGAUGGUGGCAUUAAUAGCCUGUGACCUUUUCGCAGGAAUGUCGUCGUGACGUUUCGCGGAAAUGCUUACGUCUGUGCAAAUCUUUUCGCAGGGAUCAUCCCGCUAUCGUCGUUGCGACCGUUUCGCACGGAUGCUUUGAGUCUGAAGCCUCGAUGUCGAUCGAGAGAUCUACCGAUUUCUCUCCUCAAUUUUCAGAUCCAGCGAAUCGCCCCCACCGUGACCACUGACCACUGACAUCCAGGCGGAAUGUCACGUCCUUCGCCGUACAAGUGGUCUCAUGUUUGCGGCGGUGUUGGUGGGCGUCCCAUUUUCAAUAAUUUUUUUCCACUCAUCAUUCUACAAUUUUCCGUCACAACUCAAGUGGCAAAUCUCCUCUCAGCCGUGGCAAACUUCUGUUUUCACGGAAGCGGCGGGGUUGUUUCAAGCGGAAACCCUCGUUCUCACGGAAGCCGGCGGAAACCCUCGUUUGUGUUGUUCCAACGGCAAUCCCGAGGGCCACCGCUGUAAGCCUAACAGGCCACUUAUGUAAGGAAUUCUGUCGGAGAGCUCGGCGCGUACCGCGUUUCGCACGCCUGUUGACUGGAUUCCAAACUUCUACCCCUGACUACUGUUAAGCCACGCUGACUGCGGAGUCGCCGGGAAUAAGUAGUAAUACCUCACAGCCGCGGGUGACGCUGCGACGAUUUUGGACGAUGGACUAUGGCGCUGUCUGGCAAAUGCCACCGGGUACGGACCAGCAAGGCGCGGACCAGCAAGGCCGCGUGGGGAACCUCAGCCUGGACGACACUCUCUUUGUGGCACUGCUGGGAUUCGAUCCCGGGGCUGCAUCGAGCCACUCGGAGCGGAUUGGUUUCUCCAACCUGGCGGAAUUCCCAGCAUCUGCGUCUGAGGCGGCAAAGAAAGACCCAGCCCUGGACCCGGCGUUAUUGGUGCAUUGCAUGAUGGAAGGCCAACCGCUCAAUAGCGGGAAAUCUGAUACCAGUCUCCCUACCACUAGCCCCCCAGAGACUUUUUUCAGCUCUGAUGGGAAAGGCAUGAUCAAUCGGGCUGCGCAUGGCAUGAUUAUUCCAAGGAGUAGUAUGGCUGGUCGAACUGACGACCUUCCCUUACCGUCUCCUGGUCAAGCAGAGCCGAUCCAGGGUGAAUGUGCUCUUCCAGUUCUUAAUAUGGACUUGAGGGAAGAGGCUCUUGUAUGGGUUCCUCCCAUUCAACCCACUGUCUCUUCGGUCCCGCCCAUUCAACCACUCACUUCGGUCGCGCCCAUUCAACCCACUCUCGCUUCAGUCCCGCCCAUUCAACCUGCUCUCGCUUCACUCCCGCUGUCUCAACCUCCACGGCCGUCUGAACCACACGCCAUCACGGCUGGCUAUGUUGCUCCCAACAGCCCUGCUCCUGCCCCCAAAGUGACUGAAAAUGCAGCACAUGUGGCGCAGCUAAUGGGUACAGCAAACGAUGCAAGGCUCGGUGUCGGUGUCGGGAGGCCGCCUAUUGGUCGCAGAAGCGUCACAGAGAAGCGCAGAAGACACCGGGUCAGUGCGGGAUUCAAACAGUUGGAGAGGGCCAUUCCUGCAUCAUGGUUGCAUCAGAAGUGCCGGUCAAACGUGGCUUCCAGAACUGAUAUCGCGUCGCUGCUGCAUGCCGCGGUGGACUUCAUAGAGGAGCUGGAGGAACAGAAGGCUCAACUGUCACAAGCCUAUCUCCAGCAUGUGUACAGAACAUAUUAGACACCAAGUGACAUGUUACUUGGGUUGCCCUUGCCCCAUUUGCAGGCAAUAAAGGCCGAGAGCACUUGUGUUUUUACACAAGCAUAGCAGGGGUGAAUGUGUGAUAGCACGCUUGGUGGGCAGAAAUCAGUGCCGCCGCGUUUUCUAAAGGAGGUGUCUGUUAGGAUACUAGAAUGAAUAAGAAACAAGAGAGGACAAGCAAGAUAUAGGGUUGGGUUGUACUCUCUAAGAACAUAC